CCAGGGGUGUGCUGGAAGCGGGGAUGGAAAGGAAGGCGAAUAGUCGACCCGAUGACGGCAACUCUGUCAGUUGCUCGUCGGUUUCCGGACUGCGUGGACUGGCAGAAAAUGCGCACCGUAGCCGUAUGGACCGCUUUCGUAUUAGCGUAUUCGAGCAGCCCGUUGGUGGCCGGUAUACGAUUCAUCGAUCCGAUCUCGGCUCAGUCGGGAAAUACCGGCGACAUCGGCGAGAAGUGCAUGCACCUGACCGAGCCAACCUGCGAGGAAUUGAGGGCGAUGUGGAGGUACACCAAACGACAGAGUAACGCUGCGAGUUACAAUAUCAGGGAAACGUAUUCCGAAGGCGUCGAACCUCCCGUCAAUUAUCGUGGUGGCGCACGAAACCGCGCGGGCGGUAGCACUCCGAUUUAUGGAAAAGUCGUCCACAAAGUACCGGGAGGAAGCAGAUUGAGAAACGGAAUGCGACAUUCCUCGAAACAGCAAAACAAAUAUCUUUACGGAGAGGUCAGUCAUCAGUUCUCGGGAGGAAGCCGACGCCCCAACGUUCGCACGAUGGUUGGCAGGUUCGACCGUUUGAAGGAGCUGCUUCUCGAAGAUCGUGCCCGCGAGUUACAGGAACAACGCAACGCCGAGGAAAUGGCCGCGAAGACGUCCGGCUACGAAUACGCGACGGACAACGAAGAUCAGCUGCAAAUGCAGCAACAUCGAAAACAAUUUUUCAAGCCGAUAUUUCAAAUCUCGUCGAAACCGCACGACGAGCUCGGCCUGUACGCUUACAAUAUGCCGAACAUCGGCCAGGCAUGGUCGAGGAGCGGACCGCAAUCUCGCGAGUACGCGUUGCGUUAAUCCGCCCCCGGGACUAGCCGUCGAUUCCGCGAUUGGUAAAAUCGGUCAUGGAAACGGAUACGGAUACGGAUACGGAUACGGAUACGGAUAUGGAAACUGAAACUGAAACUGAAACUGAAACUGAAACGAAAACGGAAUUCGAUCCCAAAGUUGGCGAGGCUCGCCUCUCUGUUCCGUCGAUGGUACGUUGUCGCCGACGCGCGCGUCAACGUACGCGACUCGUACUCGCGCUCGCACGUUCGUUUCUUUACUCUCGUUCGAUCUCCGACACGGUCUAUCGUUCGCGCCAACGGAACGUAACAAUUUUCCGUUUAUCCGGCUGUCCGACACAAAAACGGAACGAAUCGAGUCGUUAUAUUUUCUCGACGCGUUCGAAUUUAUACGCUGUUCCUCUUUCGUUGCGCAUUCUGGCGCGAUCUAGAGCAAUUUAGCGCAUUUUACCGCAUUUUACCGCAUUUUACCGCAUUUUACCGCAUUUUAGCGCGUUUUACCUCGUUCCGAUCUAUUCGCAUUCGGUCCAAAAGGUGGGAUUUCUUUUACGCGUCCGUGCGAUCCAACGUCAAUGCCGAUUUCCGGCGCUUUCAACAGCGUCGGAUGGACGCGCGAGUGGAUGCGCCCAACCUCGCGACGAUAUCCGUUGUUGUUCGCGGGGUUGUCGUUCGAGACUCCGUUCGGGCCUUCCUUCCGUUUAUUUCGGGAUGGAACAUACGAGGAAUAGCUGUAACAGAAAUCGAAGUUGAGCUAUCGGUAUCGGCGUAUAACGGAGGAACGGCAAUUUCCACCGCUCCGUUUCGACUUGGACAAUAAAAUAGAAAGACUAAUA